AUUCAUUUUGGGCGCGUUCCAAUCGCAUUCACUAUAAGCGGAUGCAUGAAGUCUAAGAGUUUUGCUCACAUGUGUUUCUUAUUUGUAGAAAGUUGAAAGUGUUCUUAUAAAGAAAUACGCGAUAAAAUUCUUUGCAAUCAAUAUGAUUAUUCCUGUGAGAUGUUUUACUUGUGGGAAAGUGAUUGGAAACAAAUGGGAAGCAUAUCUUGGCUUACUACAAGCAGAGUACACCGAAGGGGAUGCUCUCGAUGCAUUGGGUUUGAAACGAUAUUGCUGUCGCCGAAUGCUACUUGGACAUGUGGAUCUUAUUGAAAAACUUCUUAAUUAUGCACCCUUAGAAAAAUAAAUCCUAUCAUUAGGUAGAACACCAUCUUUUAUUAUAUUAGUUUCAUCUUGGGGUAGGAAAGUAUCCAAUUCAGUCGGUGGUUUAUUAUUAGCGUCCGUCUGCGUUGAAAAUAAGAACAAAAAAAAGACAAUUGAGAUAAGAUAAAUUUACGAGAUAUGAGAGAUUUACAAAGACUUAUAUUAUGCAAAAUUUGUUGAACUUACCAUCUUGAUUUACGUGUUGAUUUAUCUUCCAAACUGGUCACCUGCGAAUAAGAUAUGUUUUAAUUAAUAAUACAAUUUUUGCGAAUAGAUACAAAUAAAAAAUAGACUAUUAUUAUUACUAUUGUUUAUAGUAGUUUUCCACAUAAAUUAUUUACUUUGUGGUUUGACAAUAAAAUCUUAUCAAAAGGUCAAUUUGUAGACUUCGUCUUGUGUGUAAUUGAUUAGUAAAGAUAAAUCAAUAAAAAAUCAAACUAUUUAUUAUCUUGUAAACUUUGAAUUUAUGAUGCUUUUCCUGCAUCCAAAGUUGAUGGAAAAUUUAUACAAUUUAUCGAUAAGAAAUCAUUUGUAUAUGAUGUAGACUAUAGCUAUGGUACGUAUUCAUUUCCCUCUCAGAACAGCUACUUUUCCUUUGAAACAUUUGUUCAAUGGGAUCGGAGAUAUUUGGGCAUAUCGUUUAAAAAAGACCCGAUAUAUUGUAGCGUUGUGUAUAAUAAAAAAUACUUU